AUCGGAUUGGCUGGUUCAAUCUUCAGCAGCCUAUUUGAAUUUUGUCUCGAGUCGUGUGGGGCUGUUUAUUUCGUGGCAGUAACUAAAGAGCUGCAUUUCUCUUCAAGGGAUCAAUAAAUACGAUACAGAAAAAAGUGGCCGAAGUAUUUUUAAGCUUCACAACCAUAGCUGCAUAUGCCUGUUUAGGCUUCGUUUCUUCGCUUCCAGGUUGGAAACCCUUUGAGAUAAAGGGUCGGCCAAGAUGACGAUGAACUUGGGUGUUAAGGCUCUUCUCAGCUGGGUUAACAGUAUAAAACUGUCUGACCGAGAAAUAACUAUCGACGAUUUACAAGAUGGGACAGUCUUAGUGAAAGUUGUUUAUAUGCUGCGAAAGGAACCCAACUCCUGUGUCAGUAAUUCCAUUGAGGAUCGGUUGAAGCUUAUUGCAGACUUUGUGGAAAGGGAUUGCAGAUUUAGUGCAACCAAAGGCUCUUCAUUGUCUUGGGACAACAUAAGAGAUGGCAUCAACCUUACAGUCGAUAUUGCAAAGGUACUUUUGUUGCUUGUAUACCACGACAUAAUGAAUGACCGUUGCACUGUGAACAUGUUGGAUUGUGAUGUGGAGCGAGAGAUAGCACACCUUACUGGUUCCUUUGUAAUGGAGAGCGAGGGUUGUGUUUACCUGAGCAAUGGACUGGAUGCCUACUUGGCAAGGAGACAUUUGCCUGUCGCAUGUGACAUGUUUGAUCGAUCAGCAACCACUUCUACUUCCAAUGUGUCAACCAUCUCCUCACUCUCAGAUGAUGACUCCCCUGUCUUCCACCGCAGACAGAAAAUCACAUUUGUGGAUAUGCAAACUGUGGCAUCUUCCUCAGUCAGCAAAUCUCCUCUGCAGGAUAUCAUGAACACACCUAAAUUUCAGAUGAGGAAGAUGCAACGACAGAUGAUCAAGGAGAGGGACUACAGGGAUGGGUUGGAGAGGGAGCUGGCCAGCAAGAUUGCACUCAUUGCACAGAAAGAGACACACAUUAACCAGUUACAGUACCGCCUAGAUAAGCUGAAAGACGAGGAAGGUGAUCGGGAGCAGCUUAUCAGGGAACAAAUCAAUGAGCUUGAGACCAAGAACAACAUGUUACAAAUACGUCUCGGUGAGACAUUAAAAGAAAAUAAAGAUUACAAGAAUAACUCCUCACUUAUGGAGCGCAAAGUGGAUGAGCUGACAGAAGAAAAUGGUGUCCUCUCUUGCCAGAUGAGAGCAGUGUGUUCACAGCUGGCCAUCUUUGAGGCAGAAAUUGGCACGCUGACAGAAAACCAAGCAUCUACUCAGGAGGAGUGGAGGAGCAAAACGAGCCAUUUAGAGUCUGAACUCAACCAAGCUACUGCUCAAAAGGAGUUGCUGACUGAACAAAUUCAGAUCCUCCAGGGAAAGAUUUCCUGUUUGGAGGAUGAAUUAAGCAGGGCCUCUAGGGAAGAAGUAGGUGAGAACAUGGGGCCUGUAAUGGAGAGAGAAAGGUUUGAGUGUGAAAUCAUCAAUUUGAAGAAUGAGUUGGAGAGCACAUUUUGCUCCUUGAAAAGGGCUGAGGAGGAGAUUCAGGCCAAAACACAACAGCUGGCAGAGUAUCAGGAAGAAAUAAUUCAACAGAAGGAUCUCCUGAAGCAGCAGAAAUCCCAAAGUGAAGAAAUGAUUCAAGCCAAGAAUGCCAUUUUAGACAAGUUGCAAAAGGAGAUCAUUGAGCAGAGAUCAGUCCUUCAACAAGAGAUCCAGGAUCUGAAACUUCAACUUGAACACGUUGAGCAGCAAAAAUCGGAGCAAAUGUCCAGACUACAACAGCACAUUGCUGCUUGUGAACAAGAAGUUGAAAAACUAAAGGAAUCUAAGAAAGAAAAGGAAGACCUUCUCCGUGUGACUGAUGAAAACGUGAAAGCUCUUGAGACAAAGUUAUCUGCAGUCAGCUCUCUGUUGGCCGAUAAAGACCAACAGAUCAACAGUCUGAGAGAAGUUGUUGACAUUCUUACACAUGAAACCAAAAUUAAAAAAAAUGAAAUUCAAGUCAAAGAGGAAAUGCUUGCCAAGUUGCAUCUGGAGAAGUCUAAUGAACAAGAAAUGUUUCAGAAUGAAAUCCAGAUCUUAACAAUUCAAGUGGAAGACCUUAGCUCGUCUCUCAAACAGGCUGAGCAGGAAAUUCAACUUAAGCAAGACCUACUGGCUAAAACCCAAAAAGAGAAUAUCCAACAAAGGGAGGCACUCCAGCAACAGAUUGUGACCUGUGAAGAGGAGGUUCGGAAAUUAAAUAAAGAAAUGCAGGUGAAAAACGAGCAGCUCGUUGUUUUAAAGAGUGACAGCUCUCAACAGUCUGAAUUGCUGGAGCAAGAGAUAAAAAGUCUGAAAGGUCAACUAGAAGGUCUGAAUGACUCUCUCAGAAAGGCUGAGGAACAAGUUCAGGCUCAGGAGGUCAUGCUUACAAAGCAUGAGCAGGAGAGUGCUCAUCAGACAGAGCUCCUGAGGCAACAACUGUCUGCUUCUGAAGAGAGGGUAAAGAGCAUGAGGGAGGAGAUCCAGGCCAAAGAGGCACAGAUGAAUAUGUUGAAAAACCAAAGUUCAGAGCAGUCAGAAAUACUACACAAAGAGAUCCUGGAUUUAAAGGAACAUGUUGAGCAUCUUAGUUCCUCACUGAGGAGUGCUAAAGAGAAUCAGCAAUCCAAGGAAAAUCUGUUUGCUGAUCAACUUCAACAGAACACUAGGGAUAUAGAGGCCCUUGAGACACAGAUGGUAUCAUCUCAAGAUGAGGUGAAGAGGCUAAAUGCAGAGAUUCAUGCAAAGGAAGAGCAGUUACGUCUGCUGAAGACUGAGACUUCCACACACUCUGAAUUGCUACAGCAGGAGAUUGAAAGUCUGAAUAAACAAAUCAAAAGUAUGAGUAGUUCUCUUGAGAUUGUCAAGGACCAGGUACAAGCCAAAGAAGACUUGUUGGCCAAGCAGGAGAAGGAGAGCAGUUUGCUGACAGAAGAACUUAGAAAGCACAGUGUAGUUCUUGAGGAGGACAUUAAUCGACUGAGGGAGGAGAUCCAAACUAAAGAGGCCGAGGUAAACAAGUUAAAGACUGAAAAAUGCAAGGAGUCGGAAAUGCUACAGAAUGAGAUCAAAACUCUAAGGGACCAAGUUCAAAGUUUGAAUGAAUCCCUGACUACUACAACAGAGCAGGUUCAGACUAAAGAAAACAUGUUGAGUCAGAGGGAAAGGGAGAUUUCUCAGGAAAAUGAUCGAUUUCAAAACCUGAUAAGAAACUCUGAAGAUGAGAUAAGAGAGCUUAGAAAUCAGAUCCAGGCUAAAGAUGAACAGCUAGUCACACUUAAGAAAGAGAGCUCCAUACAUUCUGACUUGCUACAGCAAGAUAUCGAAUCUCUGAAGACCCAGCUAGCUAAUAUGAGUAACUCUCUCACAGAGGCUGAGCAGAAGGUUCAGACUCAGCUUGUUAUGCUCACCAAACAGGAGCAGGAAAGUGUUCAUCAGAAGGAGCUCCUGCAGCAACAACUGUCAGCUUCUGAGGACGAGAUUAAGAGGUUGAAAGACCAUAUCCAAGCUAAAGAGGAACAGAUGAUGAUGCUAAAGACUGACGGUUCAGAGCAGUUGAAUGCCCUUCAUCAAGAAAUCCAAAGUUUAAAGACACAAGUGGAGACUCUUGGCUCCUCUCUCAGGAAAGCUCAGGAGGAUAUGCAGUCCAAGGAAGAUCUGUUGGCUCAACACAAAGAAGAGAAUACUCAACAGAGGGAGGCACUCCAAAGCCUACGGGAGAGAGUCAAACAAGUGGAGGUUCUGCAGACACAGAUUAAAUCACAUGAAGAGGAGAUUCAAAAGCUAAAAGAUUCUCAGAGUGACAAAGAAUGUCUCCUUCUCAAGGCUGAGGAGAAGGUUCAGACUCAGCUUGUUAUGCUCACCCAACAGGAGCAGGAAAGUGUUCAUCAGAAGGAGCUCCUGCAGCAACAACUGUCAGCUUCUGAGGACGAGAUUAAGAGAUUGAAAGAGCAGAUCCAAGCUAAAGAGGAACAGAUGAUGAUGCUAAAGACUGACGGUUCAGAGCAGUUGAAUGCCCUUCAUCAAGAAAUCCGAAGUUUAAAGACACAAGUGGAGACUCUUGGCUCCUCUCUCAGGAAAGCUCAGGAGGAUAUGCAGUCCAAGGAAGAUCUGUUGGCUCAACACAAAGAAGAGAAUACUCAACAGAGGGAGGCACUCCAAAGCCUACGGGAGAGAGUCAAACAAGUGGAGGUUCUGCAGACACAGAUUAAAUCACAUGAAGAGGAGAUUCAAAAGCUAAAAGAUUCUCAGAGUGACAAAGAAUGUCUCCUUGUCAAGGCCGAGGAGAAGGUUCAGACUCAGCUUGUUAUGCUCACCCAACAGGAGCAGGAAAGUGUUCAUCAGAAGGAGCUCCUGCAGCAACAACUGUCAGCUUCUGAGGACGAGAUUAAGAGAUUGAAAGAGCAGAUCCAAGAUAAAGAGGAACAGAUGAUGAUGCUAAAGACUGACGGUUCAGAGCAGUUGAAUGCCCUUCAUCAAGAAAUCCAAAGUUUAAAGACACAAGUGGAGACUCUUGGCUCCUCUCUCAGGAAAGCUCAGGAGGAUAUGCAGUCCAAGGAAGAUCUGUUGGCUCAACACAAAGAAGAGAAUACUCAACAGAGGGAGGCACUCCAAAGCCUACGGGAGAGAGUCAAACAAGUGGAGGUUCUGCAGACACAGAUUAAAUCACAUGAAGAGGAGAUUCAAAAGCUAAAAGAUUCUCGGAGUGACAAAGAAUGUCUCCUUCUCAAGGCUGAGGAAAAGCUUCAGACCCUCCAGACUGAGCUGUCUGCCGUAAACAAACUCAUGGCUGAUAAAGACCAAAACCUUAACGCUCUCAGAGAGGAUGUUGCUGCCAAAAAGCAAAAGGCAAAAGAGGAAGCUGCAGCCAAUGAAAAGAUAUUGGCUGAGAUGAAGGAGGAGAGCUCCAAACAGAUAGAUGUUCUUCAACAUCAGAUCCAGGAUCUGAAAGGGGAGGUUGACACAAUUCAUCAGCACCUUCUGGCUAAAGAGCAAGUGUUACUGAAAACUCAGCGGGAGUCUGCUCAGCAGAUAGACCUUCUCCAGCAACAGCUUGUCUCAGUAAAUGCAGAGAGACAAGCUGCACAAGAGUUGCAGGUUGCUGCUCUUAGGGAAAAUGAGGCUCUUGUUCAAGAAAAAGAAGUUCUGAUGGCCAGGAUACUCCAGGCGGAAAAGAAUCAGAAAACUCUGGAGAAACAACUUGAAGUCUUGGUUGUUGAGAAGGACAGACUUGCUCAAGCUAAGCAGACUACAGAGAGGGAGAACAUGACCUCCCUGUUGGAGCAGCUCUCAGCUAAAUCGGAGGCUGCAGAACAUUACAAAGCACAGAUGGAGAAGGCAGUGAGUCAUUAUAAUAGCAAGAAGCAGCUUCUCCAGGAGAGCCAAGAGGAGGUUGCAGAACUGAAGCAUUCCCUAAAGUCUGUUACCAUGGAGAAUGCAAUGCUUCAGAUGGAUUUAGACAAGGUCCAUGCCAAUGAGAAAAGUCUUAUGAACAAGGUGGCUAGUUUGGAGGCACAGCUGGCCUUGGCUGACCGUAACCUGCGGUUACAGAAUAAGUUUCAUGGUAAUGAAAGAAGUGUAACAGAGUCGGGUUACUUUGAGGUUCCUAAAGCACACUCUAGUGCUCACACUAGAGCUCAAGUGAAAAGGACCAUGAGCUCUGACAGCCUGGACCAGAGCUCUCUGGAAGACUCCCUGAACACUACAAGGAAGCUUUCAGCGCCUGAUGAAUCAAGCACACCCCUUGUUCGCAGUUCAGAGCGCUUGGCAGCAAAACAUCGGGGUCUACAGGCUGAGUCGCUGGAGACCCUUUACUUCACACCUAUAAGCAACCGGGCCGGUAAAGAGCACAAAAUGGCACUUGAUUCAACACAGAAAAAUCCAACUUCGUCCGUCAAGCGGCGCAGGACUACACAGGUUAUUAACAUCACCAUGACCAAGAAAACCCCAGGUGGUGGCAGUGGUGAAGGUGAUGAGACCUUCUACAGUCUGGUCUCAGCUCGCUCCCAUCCAAACCUCUCCAGUGCCCAGUGUGCACGACCCAUGUCUAUGGAACUGUUUGACACACCUGCCAGAAAGAGCAGCAGUGCCAGUGACCAGCUCAUCGGCCUUCCAGGGUUCAGACGGAGUACAGUCCAUUCACAGCCAACGAGUACAUUCUGCGUUGGGGAAGAGAAUGAACCAGAAGGUGCACCUGAAGACUGGAUGAGAAUUGCUGAGCUCCAGGCCAGGAACAAGGCCUGCCUUCCUCAUCUAAAGAGCAGCUACCCUGUGGAGUCUGAUACCGGCUGUGGCAGUGCAUUCCUUUACACAGACGAGGAACUCCGUACGGGUGACCCAUCGGACACAAUCCGUCGGGCGUCCAUGAUCCCCGGGCAGCUGCAAGACUCUCUCACCUCCCAUCGGCUCUCCCUCAUGAUGGGACACUUAGGUACCACAACUCGUUCUCAUCGUCUGUCCCUGAUGCCGGGCCAGCUGCCAUCAAAAGCUGUUAGCUCCUCUCAGCUGAGAAGCCCAAAGGCUGCAAAGCGAGCUUCAUCUACAUUGUCUGUACAUCAAACUUCGCCUGAGAAAAAGGUGAAGGCCAGCUGCUUCCCUCGUCCACUCACUCCCAAAAACAAGAAUGUCAUCAGUGGAUCUUCCAGCUCUCAGCUUCGUCCUGCUCCCAGUCCAGCUGAGCGGAGGCAGUCCAUGAUGUUCACUAUUGACAACACCCCUAAAAACAGCAACUACUUAAAGAAAGGGCUGAACAAACUACGCAGUUCUACCCGAAAAUCUCCAGGCAAAAGUUCAAAGAAGUCGCCCGCUCAGACAUCGGCGCGCAAGUGCCAGGAAAACGUGCCAUCAAAAAAUCCUCAUGCAGGAGUGAGACGAGCAGGCAGAAUUGGCAGCUCUAAGUCACCCCAGGUGGGAACUAAAGGACAAAGGAUCUCUCCACGAGCCACCAGCAGGACUGCAAAGUCUCCUGGACUGACUGCCAGUGCUCGCAAGAAGCAUGUGUCUGUGAAAGGAGAAAGUCUUGAAAGGUGAUAAGCAGGAUGAAGGUGUGAUGACCAAUUCCCAGCUUUGUUCUACAUCAUUAUACUGUUUUUUUUAAUUUUUUUUUUGUCUUCUUAUUACAAAUUGAAUUUUAAUCUUAUUGUUGUCCUUCAGGACUUUUUACAAUCUCAAUCUCCCUUUAUUUCUCUAUUUUCCUUGUAUUAUAUUUACACGUUUGUCAAUAAACAGAUUCAAAUGAUA